AUGGCCCCGGUACUUAGUGCUCAUCCGCAGGUCACGGCGACGCUGGUUCUGCUCCUGUCCGUGCUCAGUUUGGCUGCUGGUGGGAAACUGCUGGUGAUGUGGGUUGAUGGGAGUCAUUGGUUCACCAUGCGGGAAGUGUUGGACGUUCUCAGGCAGAAGGGGCAUGAAAUAGUCGUCGUUGCACCAGAAAUAAAUUUACACAUAAAGCCAAUGAAGUAUUUUUUUAUGAAAAUGUACCCAGUUCCUUUCACACAGGAAGACAUGGAUGGAAAUUUCCAGGCAUUUUCAGAGCAUAUGUUGAAAGAAGGAUCUUUUGUGGAAAGAGUUUUUAGAUUUUAUGAACAGGCAAAAAUAACCUCUCACGUGUACCUGUCUACCUGUGCACACUUACUGUCCAACAAAGAGCUUCUCAGAUAUCUUGCGGAGAGCACAAGUGAUGCCGUCCUUUCAGACCCUAUGAUACCCUCCGGGCAGAUCCUGGCUGAUCAUCUGUCAGUCCCUUCCAAGUCUUUGCACCAAAUACCGUGUGGUUUAGAAUCUGAAGCCACUCAGUGUCCCAAUCCCCUUUCUUAUGUCCCCAGGGCAUUGUCAACUUACACAGACCUUACAGACUGCAUGAACUUUCUCCAGCGGGUGAGGAAUGUUAUAUUUGACAGCCCAAAUUAUCUCCUCUGUGAGUUUGUCUUUCAACCAUAUGCAAAAUUGGCUUCUGAGUUCCUCCAGAAGGAUGUGACUGUGCCAGGUCUCUUACACAAGGACUCCAUAGAGCUUCUGCGAGUAGACUUUAUGUUCCAAUAUCCCAGACCAUUGAUGACCAACAUGAUCAUAAUUGGAAGAGUAAACUGUGCUGACAGGAGGCUAACUCAGUUACUGUUCAACAAAGAGCUUCUAAGAUAUCUUGAGGAGAGCAAGUGUGAUGCCGUCAUUACAGACCCUUUUCUACCCUGUGGGCAGAUCCUGGCUGAACAUCUGUCAGUCCCUUCCGUGUUCUUUUUGCGAGGCAUACCGUGUGGUUUAGAAUUUGAAGCCACUCAAUGUCCCAAUCCCCCUUCUUAUGUCCCCAGGACAUUCACAGGACUGGUAGACCACAUGAACUUUCUCCAGCGCGUGAAGAAUCUAAUGUUUGACAUCCCAAAUUAUUUUCUCUGUGAUUUUCUCUUUCAACCAUAUGCAAAACUGGCUUCUGAGUUCCUCCAGCGGGAUGUGACUCUGCCAGAUCUCUUACGCAAGGCUUCUAUUUGGCUCGUGAGGUUAGAUUUUGUGUUAGAGUAUCCAAGACCUCUGAUGCCCAACAUGAUUUUCAUUGGAGGAAUGAACUGCGCUCACAAGAAGCUGCCUCAGGCAGGCCUCAGAAGACUUCUCCUUGGAGAUGGCUAUGGGGGACCUGAGAAAAAAAGACAGUCUGAAGGGUCUAUGGUGGGCUGGCAGAUCCUGCUCAUAGGCAAUAGGGGUGCCAAACAUUUUCGGAUAGAAACAGAUGGGGCUUAUCUGGUGUAUCCACUUUUAACACCCACCCUCGUAAAUCGCUGGACUCUAGUACUUAUUGUACAGCCUUUUAUCAAAACAAUGAUUAUCCAUUGA